AUGGUAAACAGCACCACACAGAAGGAUGCGUUGAAAGUGAAUCUCGAUCAGCUUCAAUGUCACUUCACGUGGACUUCGAAGAAAAAAACCAUCGACUUGGAUGAUAUGAAACAAAGAUUAGAAGAUACAAUACAGACAAGUGUGAAACCUCAAGCCCGGUUUUACAAUCACUUUGCUUUUAUAAACUGUCAGCAAGGAAAAUAUGAAGAGGCAAUUCAGAAUUUAAAGGAAGCUGAAAAGAUUCUGAAGGAGAGUCAUGGUGAUGAUUUUGAGAAGAGAAUCUUGGUCACCUAUGGAAACUAUGCCUGGGUUUAUUAUCACAUGGACCGACUGGAGGAGGCUCAGUCCUACCUCGACAAGCUGGAGACAGUCUGUAAGCUAUUUCCUGAAGCCUCUCGGUUUGCAGCAAUGAUACCUGAGGUUUAUGGGGAGAAGGGUUUGUCACUGUUGAAAUCUGCUGGCCAAUAUUAUGAAGAGGCAAAGGAAUGUUUUAAAAAGGCUCUAGAGAAGGAUCCUGACAACAUUGAGUGGAAUGUUGGCUAUGCCACUGUUCUGUAUCGUCUGGAAGAGUUUUCUGGAACCCCUGAGAGUCACAAACCCACUCAAUCAAUGAAACAACUUAGACGUGUGCUGGAGCUGGAUCCUGAUCAUGCUGAAGCCAUGGUGCUGUUAGCUUUAAAACUACAAGAGUUAAGUCAAGAGGGGGAAGCAUCCACAUUAGUUGAACGAGCGUUGCAGAAGUCUCCUGAUCACCCACACGUGCUUCGAUAUGCAGCAAAGUUUUACAGAAUCAAAGGAGAUGUUGAAAGAGCUUUGAAAGUGUUGAAGACAGCAAUGGAAAUUACCCCCAACUCUACCUUCUUACACCAUCAAUUCGGUCUGUGUUACAGAAAGAAACUAAUGUCAUUGCUCAAAAAUCCACUCAGCAAGAACCCUAGCAAUCCUGCUUUUCAACAGAAAGUUGAACUGAUCAAACUUUGCAAGUCUCAUUUUAAAAAUGCCUUCAAGCCUCGGCCAUUAACCUUUAUUAAGGCACAACUGGAUUUUGCAGGAAUAUGUUCACUAAAUGAAGAGUUUCCUGAAGCAGAGAAGAUCUACACCAAUCUCCUGAAACUGAAAGAUAUCCGUCCAGAGAAUAGGCAAGCAAUAUGUUUACAAGCUGGAUUAUUUCAACUAUUCCAGAAAAGAGCAGAAUCAAAAGCCGUCGCCCUUUUUCUGGAAGGAAUGAAAGUGAAUUACAAUUCCAUAGAAAGAAAAAAGUGCCGUGAAAAUUUGGAGAGGAUCGCAACAGGACGGCUUCGCAGGAAUCCACGAGAUACCGAGGCCCUUGGUGCUCUUGGCUUCCUGCAUCAACUGGAUGGGAAGAAGCGCAAAGCUGUGGAAUACUUUGAAAAGGCCCUGCAAUUUGAUCAAGGCAAUGAAGAAUAUCUCAGUGCCCUUUGUGAAUUACGUCUUUCUAUCUAGCUCAGUAAUGAACUUGCCAGCUAAAGUUCAGCUGAAAGAUGAAUUAACACUCUCUAAUCUAUAAUCAGCUU